AUGACUUCUGCUCAGGAUCCAUUCUACAUUGUAAAGGAGGAAAUUCAGGAAUCUGUAAGUCACAUUUGUUUUCUAUUUUAUUUGUCCUUCUCAGCUUGUAUCUGAUUUCUCCUGGGGUCAGCAUUUGAUUUUUUCUGUUGCUAAUUUUGCAUUAGCCUGUUUAUUUUUUAAUUUGGCAGAAAUAGCCAUGAAUUGCAUAUCCAGGUGACUGAAAUAGUUUCAUCUAGUCCAUUGGGCCAGUUCUGCUGGAAAGUAGAAUCUAUUGUAUUUUAUUUGGUCACUCGUGAAGAUAUCAAUUGUAUUUUGUGAGAUUAUCUAUCAUUUUUACACAAUGCUAUGAGGGAUGUCCGAUUUUAGGCGUGUUCUGAGAAUUCUUUGAGUGAAGUAGAGCUUUAGACCUGAUAUUUAUGCCUCUAAGAUAUUAUGAGGGAUGUGGGCCUAAUAUUCUCAUUGGAUCUUAUAUAUGGUAGGCUAUUCUCUAAUUAUAAUGGAGGUCCUAGAUUCUAUUUUGAGAUUCAGUCUCUUCUUUAUUAAACUAAUGGAUGUCGCCCUUGAAUUCAUCUGUAAAAUUCUUACUAGGACCCCUUCAGUACAUUGGGAGUGAGACCAUAUAUCAUGAUAAAUUUAUGACUGAAGUAAGUAGUCUAGAUAAAAUGUGCUAACCUCAAGACAUGCAGACCAAAGAAGGGUGGGGAAGGUGUCAAAUUGGGUUAUCAAAAACGUUAGAAUAAAAUUGACACAUAGAUCUAACCUAACAAAUGUGACAAAUUAAGGGCGAAAAGUGUGCCAAAGGAUGACAAAAAUAGAAUUUUAUAGUGGUUUGCACGAAUUCUUAGGUUAGAUCAGCUCCUUAAGUUUCUGUUUAAAGUAAACUGUACGUCCAUUUGAAAUAUUAUUUCUGUGUAGUUUGAUAUAUGGAGCUUUAAUUUGCUGCAUUUUGACAUUGUGGUCGUAUUAUUUGAUGUAUUUAUUUACUUUUUGUUUUCUUAUAUUCACAAUAUGAUUUAUGUGCUAUAAACAUACCGCCCUAUCCCCUCCUCUUUUGUUUGUUCACAUUUUCUGUGCGUAUUUCUUGUGCCUUACUGUUGCUUUAAUGAUGCACAAACUUCUUCAUGAUAAGAGAAGCAUGCUAGGCAGGGAGCCAUACCCCUUGUUAUCUACAGUUAUUGGUGGAGAAUAUUUCACCAAAUCUAUUAGGUUAUUUCUGUAGGUUAGCAUUGUGUACACUAGGUAGGGAAGAUGGGUAUCCUAGUUGAGUGAAUCUGAGGGUGACGGGUUUCUACCCAUCUGGUCUUCUCGUGCUUCAGUGAUGGUGGUCUCCAACACAUGGCUGACUAUGAUGUAGUCCUCACUAUGGCAUCACUGUGCCAUAUGAAAGAAGAGGCUUAUGUCAUGUUCCUUUCCUAUUCUUAUUGAAUAGGAAAGGCCGUAUCUACUCUUAUUGAAUUCUUUUCCAUGUAAGCGUCUCCUUCCAGUCUCCCAAUCACUCAUGCAUGUAACUGCACAUAAUAUUUAACUCAUUUUCUGGACAACCUACCAGCGCAAUAGGUCCAACUUGGGGUCAUUAAACCUUAUAUUUUAGUGAUAUUUCUUUCAAAAGUAAAUUCUAUUCGACUGCAUUCACCUAUUCAAAGACCUUCACACAUAACAAAUAGCUAAAGCUGGGCCCUGAAUGCAUAUCAUUUCUUCCUAAUUUUCUGACAACGCAACUAUUAAUUACAUCUUGAUUUGACAUCAGCGAAGACUAGUUCCCAGUUGCUUCUCUGUAUUUACAUAACCUUCUCCGCGGACAGCCCAACCACAUUUUUAUUUGAAAGUCAAAUCAUGCGGGAACAUGGUCCUCAUGAUGUUCUUUAGAACUUUUUUUGUAUCGAGUUCUCUUGUGUACAUAUCUUUUCUGAAUUAUGAUUUAUUCUUAGAUUCUUGUAAUACUCCUGUUUUUUUUUUCUUUACUUCUUUAUUUCCCCAUAAAAUGUGAAGUUAACAGAACACACGUCUUGGGCAGAUUGAUAAAUUACAGGAUUCCUUUCGUCAAUGGAAACAAUCCCCAUCAAAUACGGGGGAGUAUGUUCACCUCACCCGGGAACUUCUUGGAAGCUGUGAAAGCAUUGAAUGGCAGGUAUUGGGGCUGGCCUUAUGAGCUUUUAGCCUGUUUAAUGUUUUUUUGCAGUGUUCAUAGUAAUUAUAGGUUGACACUUCUUCAGAAUAUUAUAUUCUCUAUGUAUAAGGAGCUUUUAAUGAUGAUGAUAAAGUAUAAUUUGUAGUUGCUCACAUAUCCUUCUUUGGGAUAUAUUCUAAAUUCUCGUUUUAAUGAUCUCGAUUGUGGAGACUCGCUACCUUGGCUGUGGAGAAUGGUUUUCAUUUCCUCUUUCUUAUUUCUACUUGAGCUCUUGUUUGUUCCUUCCAUUUAAUUUAUCGAAUUUUGGCUCACCACUUUCAGGGGAAAGCCUAGAGAACUUUAUUAGAUCAUGCUAAGCACCAACCUUUUACUAUAUUUACUACCAUCUGAUACUUGGAUUGCUUUCAUUUGUGAACAAAAUAAAAUUAUUUAUAUCAAAUCUCGGCAUUCCAUGCUACUGCUGACCUAUGACCUUCUUCAUAGGUAGGUAGUUGAACUGGACAAGGCAAUCACAGUUGCUGCUAAGGACCCAGCUUAUUAUCAUAUAGAUGAAGUCGAGCUUGACAAAAGAAGUCGAUGGACUAGUAACGCCCGUAAUCAGGUAAGGCUUAUGUUCAGCUUCUGUUUUGGAUGUGGGAAAUGAAGGGCAAAAUAAAAGGCUCUAGUGCAUUUCAUUUUCACAUGCCUGCUUGUUUGCCAAUGUUUUGUUCAGCCAUUAUUAGUCUGGAUGAAGUUUUUCACUUUUGAUUAGAUUUUUAAUGCUCUUGUCUUAUUAAUCAGCUUGAUAUUUUUCUUUGGGGUUUGACUGAUGUAGGUGAGCACCGUAAAGAAAGCUCUAGAUGUUGCAAGAGAUCGGAGCAAACUACUUGUUUCCAGUACUGAUGGGAAGCACCGAGAGAUGAUGAGGCUCCCAAAUGACAUUCAUCUGGGUGGCAAAUCCAACAGCUAUGAGGGAGAAGAUAAUGAUGAUUUCAUUUCUUCAGAAUCAGAUCGGCAAUCACUUCUGAUCAAGUGUUGUUUUCCUCUAUCAAUUGAUGAUUCAUUUUCUGCUUUUCAAAUAAUUGAAGAAAUAGCUUUUUAUUCUGUAAAGGCGAAUUAUCAAUUAUCUUACCAUAUCAUCUUCAUUACCAUCAACCCCACCAGACAUCCCUAACUCUAUCAAAUCUAUGGCUUGCUUCAUAUUUUUAAUAAGGGUCUACAUUUGUAACACAGAAGGCCAGGAAAAUAAUGCAUUAGUUCACUGGGCAGAAAAUUAUCACUGCUGUACAAUCUUAUGCCAUCAAUCGUGCAAAGCUGUUCGAUUAAAUAAAGCAAAGCAUUUAGAUGCAUUCAGAAUACAAAACCAUAUAGUAAUGGAUACAUCACGAAGUUGAUGAUGCGGUGCUGGGCAAUUACAAGCAUUCUUGUUUUGGAUCAUUGGUUAUAAUUUUCUUCAAGUUCUCAUUGUUCUGGCUCAAGAAAUUUUGAAUUUUAGGAUUCAUUCUUGAUUUUAUCUUUUGUUCUGUGUUGUGUAACUAACUGAAUAGCUUAGUACACGUACUAAAAUCCUACUUAUUCCCUGUGCUUCAGAAAGCAAGAUGAGGAGCUUGAUCAGCUUAGUGUCAGUGUUCAAAGAAUUGGCGGCAUUGGGCUUACAAUUCACGAGGAGCUCAUUGGACAGGUAAUAUUGGCAAAACUGCUAACUAUAGUUUAACUUCAGUUGAAAAGUUGUUAUUCCAUCCGUACCUGAAUUCUUGAAGUUGGGAUCGGAUAAGAUAUUUGCCUGGUGUCAUUGUGGGUUGUGAUAUGGACGGUUAGAGUUUUGUAUCACUUGUGUAGAGCUUUGGGCCAUUUCUGGCAGUUCAUAGGUUUUACUUGUUUCAGCUAUAGUUCAGAAUCAUAUUGCAUCUGGUAUUCAAUUGAGUGUGGAUUUAAUAACCACUUUUUCUGGUUUAUAGAGUUUACCUUAUUUUUGAUAAGAAUUGGUCAGAAGUUGGAUGUGAGAGCAUGUAAUUCCAGCGUAGACUUGCUGAUUCUGAUGACAAUUAGUGGAUUGGGUGAAUAUCUUUGUGAUAUUUUAGGCGGUAGGAGUUCUAGUUGUCACAGAGCCAACAUAUCAUGGUCUGCAAUAUAGUUGCUUGUGUUCUCAAGAAAUGGGCGGCAAAUGUGCAUUUUAGUUCCGUACUCUCCAUAAUAACAACCUGCAUCUCUCUUAUAGAUGCUGGCAUGCAUGCAAAGAGUUUCUGUAUGUGAAAAUUAUUGUCUAGUUAAUCUGCCAGUUUUCGUAUGCAAUUAAACGAAUUAUUUCUGUGUUCUACUUAAAACAUAAGUAACCUGUAAGACAUUCACGUCUACAUUGUAAGGAGGGUCUUCAAAUUAGUGCAGAGUGUUGAAGAAAUAUUUAUUACUGAUCAGCUGACAGAGUAGUGACCUUCCUCCAUGUUCUGUUCAGCUGGACAGGUUUUAAAAUUAAUCAUCAGUAGUUUUGAAUGCCAUUGCCAAGCCUGAAUUGUACCUUCGGGUCUAGUAUCUCUAUGUGCUUAGAAAUAUGGAUAUACAUAGGUUUACAACUAUACAGCGCUGAUUUAUACUAAUUAUAUCUAUUUUGGACUGUUAUGUCUAUGUAGUCCAUAUGCACGCAUUUAAAUCUAAAUUGAGUGCCAAUAUUUUCUCAUCAAAAUGCCAAGACGUGAAAUUUCAAUACAUGCACAAUUGAAUAAAAGUAGGUCUCUAAACAUAAUUAAUGCUCCCUAAGCGUUCGGAUUUCUGGAAAGCUGAGUGCUUCCUAGUACUUAGUUUUCCCUGUUAAAAUCAACCUUUCAACCACAAUUUCACUUUCUAAUCGCAAAGAAACUAGCAACGUGUCCAAUCACUAUCAAUAUUUCAACCCGCGUUUGCUCAAAAGAUAUGAACACAUCUGAUUGGUAACUACAUCCAAUUUCUACGUUUUCCAUUCCCAGUUCUUGACCAUGUCCCAACUAGUGGUUUAGUUUUAUGUCCUUGGGUGUUCAAUGACAGUUUUGAAGUUCUGAUCGCAUUGUCGUUCAAGGUAGGAAAGACAUGCUUGAGCUUAACUAUCUAUGUUUUGGCUUAUUCUGUGGUUUUAUCGCUUGUGCUAAUCAUAUCUCUGAAGAUUGGUAUGGAGAUUUAACUCUGUGGUUCGAGUGUUCGUCCACUUCAGCAUUUCAGUUCUAAGAAAAAUGCUAGAGCACUCAAUCUUCGAAUGUGAAACUAUCGUAUUUCAGAUGGAAGCCGAAUAACUUUAUUGUGGUCUUUGUGUAAUGUUGAUGCAGGAUAAGAUCUUGGAGGACUUGAACUCUGAGAUGGAGACUACUUCGAAUAGGCUUGAUUUUGUGCAGGUUAGAUCUGAAACCUGCCUAAAAUUUCCUGUUCAUCUCUGAAAGAACGAACUGCACUCCUUUCUUGCCUCUUCACAAGCCUCUUGCCUAGGUUUUCCUCUGGAAGUAUUUGCCAGGGACUGAGACGGAACUUGUGGGCUCCCAUCCAAUGCUCAUUUUUAAUAUUUUCCUUAGAUGCAUGUGCCUGAUAAUCGCGACAAUCAUCUUUGCUUAUUUCGUUUCUUGUUCUUUCAUUGUUUUACCAGAAAAAGGUGGCAAUGGUCAUGAAGAAAGCCAGUGCAAAGGGACAGUUCAUGAUGAUUCUUUUCUUGAUUGUUCUUUGCAUCGUUCUGUUUGUCUUGGUCUUCUUCACGUAG